CAAUUCAAAUGUGGCCAAAGGAAGUGAUUGAAUGAGCUUCAGAUCGAUCAGAACUAUCUGUAAAAGAAAGUAAAAGAAUCAGCUUCAUAAUAUAGUUUCACGUUGAAUCUCUAGCCUAAUAUUAUCUGAAGGGAAGAAACAAAGUUGCAGUGCUUGUAAGAAGGUUUGAGCUGUGGUGGAUCUCUUCCAUGGAGGCUUUUGUGGGUCCGAUUUGGGAUAUUAUUCAAAGCUUGUGUAGCUGCACAGCCAACACUGCCAACGUAAUCAAAGACUUGGAAAGAAAUGUUGAAGCCUUAGAAAAUGCAAUGAAGCAACUGAAAGAUAUCCGUGAGGAUGUGACAAGAAGGGUGGUGCUCGAGGAGGAAAGGCAGAUGGUGCGCACUAAUCAGGUCAAUGGCUGGUUGCAGAGGGUUGAGGCGACUGAGAAAAGUGUUGAUGAGUUUUUGGAGAAGGCUCGUCAAAAGAGGAAUUUUUGUACGUGCUGUUGGAUGAGAUAUAAGCUUGGCAAGGAAGUUGUUGUGAAGCAAAAAGAUGUGGAGAAGCUGAAGGGGGAAGGAGUGUUUGAUUGUGUUGCAGAGGCGUUGCCAUGUGGCGUAGCGGAUGAGAGACCUCUGGGGCACACAGUAGGUUUGGAUUCAGCUCUUGCACUAGUGAAUGGAUGGAUUGAGGAUGAUAAUGUGAGGAUCAUGGGGAUAUAUGGCAUGGGGGGUGUGGGGAAAACAACGCUCUUGAAGAGGGUACACAAUCUUUUUCCAAGUAGGAGUCGCGGAUUUGAUAAGGUGAUUUGGGUCGUAGUGUCUAAACCAUCCAGUAUUGGAAAAGUUCAGGACAUGAUUUGUGAAGAACUUAAUAUUUCUAAAGACAAGUGGAGAAAUAAGGAUGAGGACGAAAAGGGGAUGCUGAUAUUAAGGAUUCUUCGUACAAAGAAAUUUGUGCUCAUGCUAGAUGACAUAUGGUCGUGGUUGGAUCUUGUUAAAGUCGGUGUCUUGCCCGCUUUGGACGGCCAAAGAAUUUCCAAAAUUGUUUUCACCACUCGAUAUGAAUCUAUUUGUGAUUCCAUGAAAUCAGACAGGAAGCUAAAAAUAGGUUGUUUGGACACAAGGGAAGCAAUGGCACUUUUUAUGCAGCAAGUUGGAACAGAAAUUAUAGAUUCUCAUCCGAGUAUCCGUAAGAGUGCUGAAAUUGUUGUGCAAGAAUGCGAUGGCUUACCACUUGCCUUAAUCACUGUGGGACGAGCCAUGGCUGGGAAAAAAGUGCCCCGUGAUUGGGACAUGGCAGUUAAGAAACUACGCAGAGAUCCAUCUAAGAUGGUGGGCAUAGAAGAUCAUGUUUUCCAUAUUUUGAAGUUUAGCUAUGACAGCUUACCAAGUGACACAAUAAGAUUGUGUUUCUCCUAUUGUUGCAUAUUCCCAGAAGACUAUGAAAUCCUUAUCGAGGAUCUCUUAGACCUCUGGAUUGGGGAGGGGUUUCUAAAAGAAUAUGAUGAUGUGCAUGAAGCCCGUGAUCGAGGCCGAGAUAUAAUUGAAGACCUUAAAGCUGCAAGUCUUCUGGAGAUCGACAACGCUGAUACAAGUGUCAAAAUGCACGAUGUUAUCCGUGAUAUGGCGUUAUGGAUUUCCAAUGGACUCGAAAAAUCUACAAAGAGGUAUUUGGUUCUGGAUCACAUAGAUUUGGUGGAAGUGUGCGCUACGAAGAUGGAAUCUGAAAGAGUUUCAUUGUGGGGUGAAACCAUAAAAACGGUCACAAGUAUUCAACCUUGGAAGAACACUUGGACUUUCAUGAUGAGGAGCACUAGAGUAAGAAGGCUCCCUUUUGAAUUUUUGCAGUGUAUGUUCAUGCUCAAAGUGUUAGACUUGUCCAACAAUGAGGAUCUAGUCGAGUUGCCCUCCAGCAUUGGUGAAUUGGUGCAACUAGAGUUUCUUAACUUAUUCAGCACCUCAAUCAAGGAAUUGCCCACUGAACUCAAGAACUCAACAAAAAUGAAGCACUUGCUACUAGAUUAUACAUCUAAACUAGAAAUGAUUCCACGACAGGUCAUAUCGAGCUUUCCCUUGUUGCGAACAUUUAGGUUGUACAAUUUUCAGGGAUAUUCUUCGGAUGUGGAUGCAAAAGAUAACAACAUUUUGAGUGGAGGUUUAGUAGAGUUGUUAGAAUUAUUGGAGGCCAUGCCGCACAUUAGCAGCAUAUCUUUCACACUAAGCGACGCCAACUCUAUCAAAAAACUUAACAAAUCACCCAAGCUACUGAGUUGCUUGAGGAUUCUUUAUCUUCAUGAGUUGAUUUCACUUGAGUCUCUAUCUUUUUCAGCAGACCGAAUGCGGCAUCUUGAGCUCAUAGCUAUAGAAGGUUGUAAGGUGCAUGAGGUAGAGGUAAUCAUUGAUUCUGAACAGCAGGAUAGAUCUGGCGUUGGCAUUUAUCAGGCCAUCCCAGAAGGAUGUUUCCAUAACCUCAACGAAAUAAGACUAGUCUCUUGCUGCAACUUGUUGGACUUGUGGUGGCUUGUGUAUGCUCCAAUGCUCCAAUAUCUUCUCGUGUCAGAUUGCAGAUCGAUGAUUGAAAUUGUUACAGCUACAGCUACAGGUCAUGAUUCCAUCAACUUAUUUUCCAGGCUUAAAGAUAUAUAUCUUUAUGACCUUCCAUGUCUCCAAAGUGUGUCUCCAUGUCCCUUGCCAUUUCCAUCUCUCGUCAAGAUUUCUGUGGGAGAAUGCCCUAGGCUGAAACGACUGCCGCUUGAUUGGACAAGCGGACGAGGAGGUCUCAAGACUAUCAGAGGAGAGAGUGUGUGGUGGGAUACACUGCAAUGGGAGGAUCAAAUGCUUCAGCCUCACUUUCGCCAAUAUUUUGAGCUUUGGUAAAAAUGCUAUCAUAUUAAUGUUAUCAUGUACAUAAAUAUUUCUGCUGUGUUUGUUAUAUUGAAAGACCAAGCUUCAAAUCCCAUGAUUUAUUUGGAAAC